UGACUUCCACCCCUAGGAAAUAAAAAAGUUUGGGUGCAAGAAAUUUUCGCUUUUUUCGCCAAUUUUCGUGUAUUUCAAAUGACAAAACGAUAACCAAAUCUAAGUCGACCAACCAGAUAGUGUGCAGAGUGAAAAACCCGAACCCAAAUACCCUUCCAGACAAAAAUAGUUGGCAACCAAAGCAACAACAAUGCACAUAUAGCAUCUGCGUGUGUUUGUGUGCGCUGUGUUUUUUUUUUGUUUAUUUGGCAAGUUCGUUUGGCCUACGUGAUUAAAAUAAGCGCAAGCGAACUAACAGUGAAAUGUUGGCUAAAACGAGUGCCGUAAUUCGCAUUGAUAAUUGAUAGCCAUAAUCUGUGUCUGUGUGUGUGUGUGUGAGGGGGCGAAGGUGGAGCAAGAAAGAAAAGAGCAGAGAGAGCAGUCAAGGUUAGAAUCGGUCGUCGCCUUUAGCUCUCCGACAAAAUGCAAUGAGCAGGGGUCGCGGAAAGGUCAGGGAUUCAGCCAGCGGUUCCGAUUCCUAUUCCGGAUCCAGGUCUGCCAUGGACCCACCUCGCUGCUCCAUCUGCGGCACUCAGCAGCAGCUACUGCGCUGCGCCAAGUGCAAGGCCGUCUACUACUGCUCCCCCGCCCACCAGCAUAUGGAUUGGCCCGCCCACCGCACUGAGUGCCGCCUCCUGACCCGCCAAAAGGUCAACAGCAGCAGCAUCGGCAGCGGCAACAACAACAAACAGCAACAGCGCCAGCAAAUCCAGCAACUACAACAGGCGGUGGCAUCCGCCAAUCUGGAGGGCAGUGGUGCUGGCGCCAACUGCUCCACCGCCCAGAUGAUGACGCCUGCCCACCAGGCGCAGAGCUGGCCCGCCGAGGUGGACAACCUGCUGAAUCUCCUGGGGCAGCCGGACAGCCAAGCGCAGGCGGCACCACAGGAAGUGGGACAAAAGCAGCAGCAGCAGCAGCAACACCACCACCACCACCACCAUCAUCAUCAUCACGGUGAAAAGAGCUCCAGCUAUCAAAUUGGACUGGCGGAUGCCAGUUUCUUGGGAUCAGGAAGUGAGCGCCGCUAUGAGGAUCUAUGCCGGAACAUCAUCAGCGACAUGAACCAGUACGGUUUGUCCGUUGUGGAUGAUUUCCUGGGCGUGGAGACGGGGCUGAAGAUCCUCAACGAGGUUCGGAGCAUGUACAACGCAGGCGCUUUUCAAGAUGGCCAGGUGGUCACCAACCAGAUGCCCGAUGCUCCCUCUUCGGCGGUUAGCGGCGACAAGAUCCGGGGCGAUAAGAUCAAGUGGGUUGGUGGCAAUGAGCCCGGCUGCAGCAAUGUCUGGUAUCUGACAAAUCAGAUUGACUCUGUGGUGUAUCGCGUCAACACGAUGAAGGGCAAUGGUAUUUUGGGCAACUAUCACAUCAGGGAGCGCACGAGGGCGAUGGUCGCAUGCUAUCCAGGAUCUGGAACGCAUUAUGUCAUGCAUGUGGAUAAUCCCAAAAAGGAUGGCCGCGUGAUAACGGCCAUUUACUACCUGAAUAUCAAUUGGGAUGCGCGGGAAAGUGGCGGCAUAUUGCGAAUUCGUCCAACGCCCGGAACAACAGUCGCGGACAUUGAACCGAAGUUUGACCGUUUGAUUUUCUUUUGGUCGGACAUUCGCAAUCCGCAUGAAGUGCAGCCUGCUCAUCGCACCCGCUAUGCCAUCACCGUCUGGUACUUCGAUGCCAAGGAGCGCGAGGAGGCUCUCAAUAGGGCCAAGCUGGAGAACAGCAAGACGAACAAUGUGGCAGCUCAGGCCCAAGCCCAGCUGGCUGAACCAGACUCAACCACAACCCCGCCCGCCACACCAGCAGCAGCAGCAGCAGCAGCAGCAACACCUUCAUCCACAUCUAGUCUGCCGGCCAGCAUGUCCACGGGAACGGGAGCGUUGAAUGCCAAUGUGUCGAGCAAUGCCUGCGCCGCUGGCAGCGAAAUAUGCACGUAACCCAAGCUGGCAGCGCAGCUAAGGGGCAACCAAAAAGUGUAAAUUAUUUCCAACCAAACACACAUGUAAAAAGCUAGUUAAAAAUUAUUUAUAGCUCCGGACGGGCGGCAGCCCAAGCCCGAAAUGCAAAAGUGAAUCAAAGCUCCUUUAGUCGUUAAGCCUCCUAGUUUAGUCUCUAAGUCGUAUCCUUAGUUAUUUUCGCAUUAACCAUUAGCUUACUGCCUUGUCAGCGUCCGAGUUGAUUGUUUAUUAAUUAUUAGUUUGUUGCAUCUUUGUCAGGACCUUUUGCCUAGCUCAUUCUUAGUUUUUGGCUGCCAAAGUAUUAUACCUAAAAAGAAGUUAACAAGCUUCAAAAGCAUCAGCAACGUUCGCGACGCUCAUUAUAUCCUAUCUCAAAAUUAUGUAACAAGCCAGCAAAUCGUGUGCAAAUGCGUUCGCUGGCAUCCCACUCAAUCUGUCGACUCUCAUGCAUCUAGUUAGAAAUCUUUCUGAUAUCGUUUACAUCUAAUAACAAGCGGAAAUAUAUGUCUGUCAGAAAUUUGUUCUCUUGUUAUCUCUAAAUCAUGAAAUAUGUGUAUUUAUGGCAUAUCUACAUAUUAUAUGUAUAUUUUUAUAUUAAAAAGCCUGAGCAAAUGA